CCAGGUCCACGAGUAAGAUCCCUUUAGGAGGGGCAGGACUGGAGGAGGAAAGAUGGCUAUAAAUAUAUAUGGUGCGUGAUGAAGAGGGGGGUCAUCUUGUGCUGAAAGCAAAGCCUGGCUGGCUGGAAAGAGGUGGGGAAGCUGACGAUGAAGAGGCUGUUGAUCGUGCGAAGGUGUGAGCCGAUCGUGCGGUUCAGCUGCUGCAGCGUGCGCUACGGGGAGUGCUGUCGGAACCAUGCGGCAAGCACAGGAGGCUACGCCAUCGACGGGUGCCGGGAGUUCAUCGCUGAAGGGGAGGAGGGCACCGGCACCGCUCUCAAGUGCGCAGCCUGCGGUUGCCACCGCAGCUUCCACCGCAGGGUGCAGGUGUACGAGGUUGCAUGGGACUACGGAUCUGACACAUCGUCAAUCGAGUAGGGAGGUGCUGCAAGCUUGGAGUCCUGCUGUUCUGCAAUGGCAAAUUACCAACAAUUCGUCAGCCUCCCAUGUGUCUCCAACGACAAGCUGCCUGGUGCUUGUCUAGGACCCUUGUGAUUCUUUGUAACUUGGAGCUCAAAUUUAUCUACUUAUUAUUCUUUCACUCUGAACCUUUCUGUGGCACCUGAUUUCAUGAGAUUUGUGAUCUUUCUCUCCUUUGGGGAUCCACAGUGACAAUAGUAUCUUUGCUGGCUACUGCCGUGUGUGAAUGAAUGCAGUUUUCGUCGCUUUCC